AUGGAAACGGGCCUCUCCGGGCUGGAGCUUCACCCCGGACUGGAUUCCAACAUUUCACCUUUUUCCGAUGCGGGAGAAGGAACGCAGACUGCGGCAACAGAUUCGAGUGAUGUUAUCGAAGGCAGCGAAACAGCAGCAGGAUGGGUGGGUCUAACUCAGGAAGGCUCAUCUGCGGGUUCAGCAGCAGCGGCGGAGGGGAAGCAGCGAGCUAUAGGCACGGUCCCAACCGCUCUUUCCAACCAGCCGCUCCCCCCACGCUUCCCGCCUCAGGCGCCGUCCGUUAUGGAAGAGGUAAUCCGCGCAUGGGGCGCCGUGAGAACCGCCGCAGCAGGCGCCGCAGCUGCCGCUACAAGCGCGGUCAUCCGCGCUCCCGCCACUGCUGCCGCUGCUCCUCCGCGGAUCCCGCCUUCCGCGGCGCCUUCGCUCUCCGCCAUGGCGCCGCCCGACGUGCCUCCCGCGCUGAUCGCGGUGAUUGAAAAGGCUCUGCAGGAGGUGGCGAGAGGUGCGAAGGGAGGAGAAGGGAGGGACGGAGGGACGGAGAGGCAGAGGGUGGGAAAAGGGGUGUUGCAGCUGCAGCGACUGGUGGCCGGGAUGUGCCGAUUGGAGGGGAUUCGCGCGGUGGGAGGGGGAGACGCAGAGGCGCAGAGUGCAGGCGGAAACGACGAGGCGGAGACAAACGAGAGUGAGGGAGUGGGGAAGGGAGCGGAGGGAGGGAGUGAUGCAGGUGCAGUGGGGCCGGAGGAACGAGACGCAGCUGCUGCGGUGGUGGUGGAAACCAUUCUGGCCAUCAUGGGGUGCACGCACGAGGGGGACGACGUGCAGGCGGAGGAGGGCAGUGGCUGCAGCAGGGGCGCGGAGCGGCGGAGGAAUGGCAAGGUGCCUGGGCCUGUCAUCAUGAUGUGUGCCGAGGCCGCUGUGCUGGCCGCCGCGCUGCUGCCGUGGCUGCCAUGCCAUGACUGCUGCCCGCCUGGGGUCGCCGCCAGUGGACCAGUGAGUGAUGCCGCAGCGAGGGAAGCAGCAGAGAGUGGAGAUGGCGAGGAGAGUGCCAAGACAGAGGCAGGCGCAGCGGCAGGGGCAGCUGGAUCGGGAACAGGUGCAAGGUGGGCGGCAGGGGCAGUGGUGGCAAGGUCCCCUCGCACACGCCUGGCACGGGUGCUGGCCACGGCGCUCUCCUCCUGCACGCGCAACCGUGCCAUGUGCGCUGCUGCCCGCCUCACCUCCUCCCUCCUCGCCUCCCUGCGCAUCAUCCUCCUGGGUGGCGUGCGGGCCAAUGGGUCGCUGCCACCUGGUGCUGCCCUGCUGGAUGAAGCACCGUUGCCGGUGGAGCCGAUUGGGAGCAGCGCAGGGGAGGGUGCGGGUGAGGGUGGUGCUGCGCUGUAUGGUGCAGCUGAGGCUGCGUGGGAUGCUCGGCCUGUGCUGGCGGCGCUGCAGUCUCUGGCGUCUCACUCCGUGUCCGUGGGCGAGCUGCGCCAGUGGAUGGGGUCCGUUGUUGCUCUCACCACCUCUGCCCCCGCUGCCAACACCCCACCUGCCUCCAUUGCAUCAACAGGAACAGGGGCAGCCGGGAUGGCAGGGGGAGGAAGAGGCGGAGAGAAGGGGGUAAGAGGCGGAGCAGGGGGAGGGGAGUGGGUUCGGCAAGAGAGGGCGGGUGCGCUGCUGGAUGCGCUGCAGGGGGCGAUGGAGGGGGAGGAGGUGAGGGCGCCCGCAUACACCUUCGAGCUGGACGGCGAGAGCUCAGGGCUGCUGGGGCCCGGCGACAGCAAGUGGCCGUUUGGCAACGGGUAUGCGUUUGCGACGUGGAUCUACGUGGAGUCCUUUUACGACACCGAGAGCUCCGCUGUGGGCGCCGCUGCCAUGGCCGCCGCCAUCGCUGCCGCCGCCACCGCCAAGGUCGGCCGCACCUCCGCGGUUUCCGCUGCUGCAGCUGCGAGCGCGCUGGCAGGGGAGGGGCUGAUGCACAUGCCGUGGCUGUACAGCUUCCUGACGGCGGAGAGUGAGGGCGUGGAGGCGUACUUCCACCGCGAGUACCUCGUUGUCGAGUCCUCCACGCACCGCGGCUCCAAGAGCACAUUCCACUUCUCGCACGCGUUUGAGGCGCAGCGCUGGUACUUCAUAGGGCUGGAGCACGUGUUCAAGCCGUCGCUGCUCGGCAAGGCGGAGUGCCACAUGCGGCUGUACGUGGACGGCCGCCUCACAGAGUCCCUCCCGCUCGACCUCCCGCGCAUCUCCCGCCCGCUCGGCUUCCUCUGCAUCGGCACCAACCCGCCCGCCGCCAUGGCGGGGCUGCAGCGGCGCCGCAAGCAGUGCCCGCUGUUUGCAGAGGUGGGGCCCGUCUACAUCUUCAAGGAGCCCAUCGGCGCCGAGCGCAUGAUGCGCCUGGCCGCGCGCGGCGGGGACCACCUGCCGUGCUUUGGCGCGGGGGCGGGCGUGCCAGCGCUGGAGAGCAGCGAGCAGCUGAUGCUGGCAGCCGAUGAUGCGUACAGCCUCGACUCCGACCUCGCCCCCCGCCUGCACCUGCUCUACCACCCGCGCCUCCUGCUCGGCCGAUUCUGUCCGGACGCCUCCCCUGCCAGUGCUGCCGGGGUGCACAGGCGGCCGGCUGAAGUGCUGGGGCAUGUGCAUGUGGCGGCCAGGCACCGUGUGCCGCAGGCCAUCUGGCAGGCGGGGCAGGGGGGGCCGCUGGCGCUGCUCACUCUCGCCAUUCACGCCGUGCACCCGGACUCGUUCCUUCCGUUGCCACUGGCUCUCUCUGCGGAUCCACCUGCUGCAGUGGCUGCAGCGAGGCUGCUGCCGCGUGUGCUGGGGCUGGUGGGGCGGGCCAUGCGGCACGGCAUGAACAGGGAGGAGAUGAAGGGAGGGGCUCCCGCCAUGCUGGCGCUCAUGCUGGCAUAUGGGCUCAGUACGUGCGCCCAAGGGGGGGUGGCGGGUGGUGCUGGGGCGGGGGGUGGUGACAGUGCGGACAAGGAGGUGAGUGAGCAGCAGGGUGCAGCGGUGGCGGUGCGUGGCAUGGAUGGGGAUGAGGCGCCGUACGACAGCCAGCUGGCGGCGGCAGCUGCAGCACUCACCAUGGCACCCCGCUUCGGCGACCCGUUAAAGCCGCACCUCUUCCUGCACCUGCUGCUGCACCUGCCUCUGUGGGCCUCCUGCCCCCUGCCCGUGCAGCAGCAGGUGCUGUCGUCGCUGGGCGCCGUGGCAGUGCGCGAGCAGCACACUCUGAGAGCAGCAGGCGCGCUGCCCGUGCUGCUGGAUGGGUGCCGGCGUUGCUACUGGGUGCAGCUGGAAGCCAUCUCGCUGCCCCUCGGCCCCGCCUCCUCUCGCUCCGCCACUCCGCCGUCAAUGAAGAGCCCGGGGGCAGAAGAGGGUGGUGGAGGAGCAGAGGUUGGGGGGGAGGCGAGAGAGCAGGAGGAGGGGGAGUGGGUGGCAGGGCAGCAUGCGCGGAUGGGCGAGGUGAACGCGCUGGUGGAUGCAGUGAUGGGCGUGCUGGAGGUGCUGCUCGCCACCAGCUCUGGCACCGCCAUGGGGGCGGACAUGCGCACACUCGUUGCCUUCCUGCUCGACUGCCCACACCCCAACCAGCCUACUCUUGCCAUGCCAUGCCCUGUGUCCCUGUGCUGUCACAAUGCCCUCCUGUCCACUCCGUUUGUGAGCCAUGAUGCCUCACUCACUUACUGCCUUGUGUCCUCUUCCUCUUUCUUCUCAAGCGUGUGUGCCCCUGCUUCCUCUCCCCCUGAUGCGCUCUGGCAGGUGGUGCGAGUGCUGCUGCUGGUGUACCGCCUCUUAUCCCACCCCAACGCCGCCAGAGCAGCCGGCUUCUCCGUGCAGUUCCUGGCAGCGGGCGGCGCCCACAUGCUGCUGGCGCUGCUGCUAAGGGAGAGCCAGUGGGGCGAGACGUGCCCCCUGCUCUUCCCCCCCGUGCCUUGUACGGCCCAGGCGGGCCGUGUGAAGGAGGUGGUGGGGGAGGAGAAGGGCGAUGGUGGGGUGACGGUUGGAGGAGAGAAGGGCAAGGAUGGAGGUGUGGCGGAGGACGGGGCCAGCAGUGUGGAGGGCAGUGCAGGGACUGGGGGCGAAGGUGCUGAUAGCGCUGGCGUGGAGGGUGGAGAUUCCACAGACAAGGAAGGUGCUCGAUCCGCCUCAGAAGCAGCAGGCAUGGCAGCAAGCGCAACAACUGAUGCAGAAGCAGCAGAUGCAAGUGGGUGUGGGGGAAAAGGGCCGAGUGCAGAGCUCAAGGUGCAAGUGCCACAAGGCAGCAGCAACAGCACCACUUCCCAGGCGCUCUCCCCCAAAGCACCCACCCCGAACCCCGCCACCCCCGCCGCCUCCACCCCAUCCUCCUGGCAAGCCUUCUUCGACCCCUUUGGCACCCGGGCCGACCGCCCAGAGGCAGAAGCGAAAGCAGCGGAUUGGCAGACAGCAGCUGCUGGCAGCAGCGGCGAGGAGGGGGCGAAGGAGACACGAGCAGGGGGGACGGACGGGGAGGCAGCAGGGGAGGCGAAGGAGGAGAGGGAGGAGCAGAUCCCUGAGCCUCGAACGGGGCUGGACGUGGCUGGUGAGAUCCUGAGGCGGCUUCAGCAGCGAGGGCUGUUCCAAGCGUCUCCCAUGAGCAUUCUCGCCCCGGGACCCGCCGGGAACAGCGUCACAGUGGCCCCCUCUGUGCGCAUCCGGCAGCCCUUGGGCAGCAGCAGAGCAGCACGCGCCAAGGGCUCUCACGGGCUGUCAGGGGAUGUGAUGGUGGCAGCAGCAGCGCUCUCCCUCUCUGGCAGUGGCACGCGCAGCGGCAGUGGGCGCCGCCUCGCCUCCUCCGCUUACGGCGAGCAGUCCUUGCUCGCACCCAAGUCACAUGACUUCCCCCUCACGGACGGCCCAGAUGAGAUCUUCAUCGCAGUGGUGUCGAUCCUAGGGCUGUUAGCGGAGGGAGGGUAUAUUCGGCUGAGCAGCCCGGCUGUGCUGGGGCUGGUGCCGGGGGGGGCGAGAGCAGGGCUGGGGUCGGUGGUGGCGGAUAGAGGGGUGGGGGAGCGCAAUAGCAAUAACGUGGGGGCGUGGGCGGUGUACGGCGUGCAGAGGGCGCUGCAGCUGGCGCCUCACAGGCUGCUCACGCCUGCUGUGUACCAUGCCAUCAUGACCGCCGUGCUGCGCUCCCAGUCAUCCACAUCAGUGCAAGAACCUGCCAGCACUGGCGCCAAUGUCACUGCUGCCAGCUCCACCAACGCCAGUGCGGGUGAGGCUGCCACACAGGCAGCAGCAGCGGGGCGGAGGGUGCUCCCACCGGACACGGUCUUGGCAGAGUCGCAGCUGCAGCUGCUGCUGGCGCUGCUCAGAGCGCUGCCCUCCGCUGCUCCUCGCACCCAACUCGCCAUUCUGCAGGACGUGCUGCUGCUGGUGUCGCUGAGUGGCAGCAACCGUCGCCAGCUGUCGUGCCUGCCAGAGUGGCCUGAGUGGCUGCUCGAGAUCCUGCUAGACAACCUCGAGCGACUGCCGGCUGGCGCCUGCUCCAUCAGCAGCACUGACGCUGGUGCGCAUGGAAAGCAACACGCGGCAGGGCAAGGCAACGAGACACCCACGGCCGCUGCAAGUGGCAAGACAGGGGGAGGAGAGGGCGGAGAGGGGCGUGUGGAGGAGGCAGGUGCAGGUGGCGAUGGUGACGGCAGUGGCGGGGCGGUGGACGGCAGUGGUGAUAGCAGAGGAGGGGGGUUGAGAGAGGAGCAGCGGGAGCGCGUGGAUGUGAACGAGAUGAUCUUCUCCUUCCUGGGCACCGUGCUGGAACACUGCAUGACCUUCACACAUGGCUGGAAGGUGAACCGCCUGUGCACUGCAGUGCGAGAGGAGGGUAUGGCAACGGUGAAGCGGCGCCUGCUGCAUGGCGUCAUGGACUUCACUGCCGCCCACCUGCGCCUGCAGGUCAGAUUUCACUCUAUUCUUCCCGCUCUCUUCUUCCUUUCCUUCCUUUCCCACCGCUGUAAUCCCUCGUUCUCUUCUCCCUCUCACCUAGCCCCUGCCCCAUCGCCCACCCCUUAUCCUGCCCACCCACACACCACGGCCAAGCAGGCUCAAGUGGAGGCCACAGCAGCAGCGGCAGCAGCGGCAGCAGCAGAGGCAGCAGCCCUGGCAUCGCCUCUCCCCAUAGACAUCCCCAUCUCGCCCACGCCCACCUCCCCGCACACACGCGCCCCCGACCCGCUGCUGACGUGCCCCACGUCGGCGUGCCUGCUGGAGAACGCGGUGGCGCUGCUGAUGCUGCUCGAGGACUUCCUGCGCUUCCACGCUGCUGCCCGCUCGCCCCUCGCCCUGCCCACCGUCGCCUUCGACGCCGAUGACACCCUCCCUGGCUCCCGCCCUGCCGCCUGGCACGACGCCCCUGACUCCCCCACAGGAGCCUCCGCUGCGGGAGUGGGGUCUGUGCUGCCAGGCACGACGGCCACAGCAGCAGCGGCGGCAGCAGCAGGGUUGAUGCCGCUGGCGGCGCAGCUGUCCAACCCGUUGCUCUCCGCAGGGUCGUCCUCGCGGCGCCGCAGCCCCACGGAUCUGCUCACUCUCGAGAUGCUCACGCUCAUGGCGGAUAAUGCGGGGCAGCUCACUGCCCCCAUGCUGGAGCGCAUAACUGCCUCCACCAGUGCCGAGCCCUUUGAGGGCGUGCGCUGCGCCCUGCCUACUUACGGGUCUAUUUCCCAGGAGUUGCCACUCAGUUGGGGGCACCGGAGCAAGCUGUGGUAUGGCGUGGCAGUGCCGCCCGAGGGGAAGGGGGGACCGGGGUGGGGCGGCGGGUGGGCGGCGUGGGCGGCAGCAGUGGAGAUUGACCCGGUGACGGGGCGGUGGCAGGACCUGCCUCUCGUGGUGAAGGCUGUUGGCAUGCUGCGAUCCAUGCUGCUGGACGAAGGGGAGGUGGGGCAGGGGGGCGAGAAGCAGGGGGGCGAGAAGCAGGGGGGCGAGAAGCAGGGGGGCGAGAAGCAGGGGGGAAAGGGAGGUGCAGGGGCGGCGGAAGGGGUGUUGGCGGUGGUGGGGGGGAUAGCGAACAUGCUGGGCGGGGGGAGUGCGGGGGGCGUGUUGAACCGCGCGAGUCAGUUGCUCCUGGAGGACGACCAGACGCUGCUGACUGUCAUCCGCCUCGUGGCCGUGGCUGCCAGGGAGCUCAGUGACGUGGUGGAUGUGGAGCAGGACCAGGGGGGGGACGGGGCAGCACCACAUGGACAGGAGGGGGGAGUGGAUGGGGCGGGCGGGGCAGUGGUGGCGUGGGAGCGAGGUGAGAUGGAGGGCAUCUCGCCUGGCGUUCUCAGCUCGCUGCUCUGGCGGGCUGUGCUGCCGCUGCUCACAACAGCGUCACUUGACGCUCGCAAGCAGUGCGCACUCGCAGCAUCGGCCGUCCUGCACACAGAGGCCAUCCAUGCCAUAGCGCCAUCGCGCGCCAUCCUGCGCCCGGCCCUCAUCACAGUGGUGCAGCCGCCCCUGGCAGCGCUGCUGCGCAAGUGGCGCUCGGCCUUCGCCUUCAUCCCGCACCUCACCGACUUCGAGGGCCACAACCCCUUCCUCAGGGAUGAUGACCGCGCUCUUGCCACUGAUGCUGCACCCCAUGAGGCAUCACUGGCGCUGCUGCAAGUCAUCUGGGUGGCCGCCUUGGCGUCCCCCCCUGCCUCCACGGCCCUCGCAGCCAUGGCUGCUGCUGCUGGCCCCGGCUCUGUUCCCCCCCGCACCACCCUCACCUCCUCCUCCUCCGCCUCCUCCCUCUCCACCCUCUCCUCUGCUCCUGUCACACGCACGUCUACCUACCCUAGCGCCUCCCCAGCCACAGGCAGCACCAUCCUUGCUGCCUCUGCCAGUCACGCACCUGGGACUGGCAGUAGCACUUCUGCUGCUGUCACCCGCACUAGCAGUCAUCACGUGCCGCCCGGCCAGCCUGGCGCCAGCUCAACAGUCAGCCGGCGCAUGUCUCAACGCAGCGGCAUGACUAAAACGGGGGGAGGGAGGCAGGAGGGGGAGCGGGAGGGGGCAACAUCGUCCCAGCGGCGCAUGAACGGGGACAAGGACCGCGCGCAGAGGUGGAGCCUGGGGGAGGCCGUGGAGAAGGCGUGGGACUGCAGUCGCGGCAUCCCUGUCUCUGCUGCCACUCGCACCACUGCUGCUGCUGCCGGUGCUGCUGGUGUUGGGGGGGUGGAAGGGAGGGAGGGAGGGGCAGGGGCGGCGGGGGCAGAGGAAGGGGGGAAUGGUACGGCGCUGGGUCCCACGCUGGGCGGGCUGCAGCAGCACCUCGAUGGCAUGCGCGGCCUCAUUCGCGCUCAGGUGCUCGUCCCUACCCUCAGGUGCUCCUCCCUACCCUCAGGUGCUCCUCCCUACCCUCAGGUGCUCGUCCCUACCCUCGUACAAGUGAUGCAGUAA